AUGAUAUACUGUUUAAAAAUCCCUACGGGUGUAGGGUUUUUGAAUCAUAUAAAACAUAAUCGAAAACUACUCCAAGAAAUACUAAGAACAUUCGUAUCGAAAGCAGACAAAAUAAAAUGCAAGCAGGAUCCUGCCACAGCAGUAACGGAAUGCACCAUACAGGACUGCAUGGUGGACCCCUGCAAACCAGAGCCGAGCAUUGUAAUAAUAGGAGCAGGAAUUGCAGGAUUAUCGGCGGCAGAACGACUCGCCACCUGCGGAAUCACGAACUUCACAAUCCUCGAAGCAACUGACAGGCCGGGCGGACGCAUACACUCCUGCUGGCUGGGGGACGUGAUAGCGGAGCUCGGUUGCGGCGUCAUUGAAGGGCCCUGCGCGGUAAAUCCUGUGUUCAACCUGGCUGCACAAGAGGGCCUCGUCAAGCAUCCGAUUCAAAAGUUGCAGGAAGCAGGAGGGCUGUUUUGCACCAGCGAUGGAAGGGCGAUUGAAAAUAGUGUCGUCAAUAUGGUUAACUACGUCUUUAGUGGUAUUUUAAGGGAAGCCAGUAAUCUCUUUAGUAUGGGCUGUAAUAAACAGCAUGGAUCUUUGCAACACUUUUUAACUAUGAGAGUUCAACAAGAAAUUCAAAAGUUUCCUGAGGACAUGCGUUACGAUGCGUCCCGAGUAUUCUAUGGACAAAUAAAUGCGAUUCGUAGCGACUUAGGUGACGAUCUCACCUCUAUAAGCGCUGAUAAUUUUGGUUCUUCAAUAUCUAUCCCUGGGGGCAAAACAACAAUACCUAUAGGUUUUAUAAGUAUUCUUGGACCACUACUAAGAAAACUGCCUGAAUGUACGCUAAGAUACAAUAAACCUGUAGGACUAAUAAGGUGGGGUACAGUGCAGGAGAAAGCUAAGGGGCCUAGGGCUAUCGUUCAGUGUUGCGACGGGGAGGAAUUUUGCGCUGACUACGUUAUUGUGACGAUGUCUUUGGGGGUCCUAAAAGAGCAUGGCGAUAAACUGUUCUGCCCCGCCUUACCCUCCACUAAAAUGGACGCAAUUAAGAGCCUAGGUUACGCUCACAUCGAUAAAGUAUUCCUUGAUUAUGAUAGACCGUUCUGGGUUUGGUCUGAAGGUACUAUUAACCUAGCCUGGUCUGCGGAUGAGCUAAGUAAACGAACUGACUGGACUAGAGGCAUAAGUAAAAUAACUGAAGUGCCGGCAAGUAAGCACGUUCUUGAGGUAUCCAUAUCAGGCCCUGAGGCUUCAGUAAUGGAGCAUGCAACCGAUGAAGAAGUAGCCAGGGAUAUAACAAGAUUACUACGUCAAUUCACCGGAGAUGCCACUCUACCAUACCCCAAUUCAGUACUAAGAUCAAAAUGGGUCGCAGAUCCUUAUUUCUGCGGUUCUAAAAGCUAUAUCAAAGUGCAGUCGCACAUAGGACACCAAUGUGACCUCAGCAUGCCUGUACCCGGCACUUGCGAGCCCAUUCCGCCCAUUUUAUUGUUCGCUGGCGAAGCUGCAAUAGCCGGUUACCACGGUACAGUCCACGGUGCUCGUUUAAGCGGAAUAAGAGAAGCUGAAAGAAUAUUGCAGCUGACUAAGAAGUUUGGCGGGCCACCUCCCAAAUGCUCCUAA